UUGUUUGCUCAAUCCUUUCCUAUUAUUCGUUGUGUUUAUGAAAAUAGCAAUGUUCCUCAGACCAUCGAACGUCACCUUGACGCGCGCUGCAACGCGAUGUUUUUCCCGUGACGUCAGCGCGCUCUCAGCGGCUACUCACUAUAAUUCGACUUUGACACUGCAAUCAAACCGCUCAUCUUCUACAACAACUCGUAUGCAAACACGACAAGGCACAAAUUAUAUCACGAAUCAACUUCACCGACCAUACAGCAACAUGUCAACGAACAACUCAGAACUUCAGCUCAGCACGGUGUUCGAUGUCAAGGGCAAGGUCGCACUCGUCACAGGUGGAGGAUCAGGCAUCGGCUUGAUGAUCACGCAGACGCUCGCUGUCAAUGGAGCCAAGGUGUACAUUGUCGGACGGACUGAGGAGAAGCUUGAGAAGGUGGUCGAAGUACAUGGUAAGGACAUUGCUGGCGAGAUCAUCCCCAUUGUCGGCGAUGUAUCAAAGAAAGAUGGCGUAGAGAAGCUUGUGAAGGAGAUCGAGUCUCGCGAAAAGUGCCUGUGCAUCCUCGUGAACAACGCGGGCAUCGCCCCUGGCAAGGUCGAGACCAGUGUCGACAGUGCAGAGGAGUUCAAGGAGAACGUGUUUGAGCCGGCCACAGAGAAGGAGUGGCUCGACGUCUACCAGACCAAUGUCGUGGGCCCCUUCCUCAUGAGCACCGCAUUCCUCCCUCUCCUUCAGAAAGCCACAGAGGUGCACAAGGGCUACUCGGGAACCAUUGUCAAUAUCAGCAGUAUAUCGGGCCACAUCAAGAUCUCGCAGGGUCACUUCGCAUACAACACCAGCAAGGGCGCUACGAUCCAUCUGAACAAGUUGCUCGCCUCGGAGAUUGCAAAGAACAAGAUCAAGGUUCGUGUCAACAGCAUUGCACCGGGCGUCUUCCCGAGCGAGAUGACUACGAAGGAGAGCAGAGAUGACAACCAGAAGAGCGAGAUGCCGAAAGAGCACAAGGAGCAUCUUCCUUCUCAGCGACCAGGGAAGGAUCAGGACAUGGCCGCAGCGAUUCUGUUUGUUGUCGCCUGCCAGUAUCUGAAUGGUCAGACUGUUACUGUCGAUGGCGGCUAUGCUAUUCAGGUCGGAAACUAAGUGCGUUGUUAGCACUCAUCUUGUCACCACAAGGAGUGGUUCCUUUUCAUGCGUUCAAGGCAAGCGUGUGCAUGUUCAGAUGAAUUCAAAGUCUUCCACUUGUUCUCUGGUAACCCUUUCAUGCAUGUGGGCGAUUCGGUGCAUGUUGACGUAGUCGACGAGGCUAUUGCCAACGGGUCAGCCUUGAUUCGUUGAGCGACGCGUUGCAGAGGUUCUUGUCGUCUGCUUAUGUAACGAGGCACACCAUGACCAAAGUGGAGAGCGUUGCAGAGCAGAGGCAAAGAGGAGGAUCCAGGCUGGACGAGUCUCAUGUCUGAGGUCUCGCUCCUGUGGUAUGGCGAUGUCUGGAGGUUGAGGUUCGCCCUUGACAAGCUGUUUCAGAGGUAGAGGGCUGUCGAUAGGUGCAGGUGAGUUCUGAUAGUAUGCAAAGUGGACCGUGGAGAUUGCUCUCUAGUAGGCCGCCUACGCACAUGAGCUGUCCCUUGC